AUGAGUUUUGAUUCGAUCUCCUCAACUACUGGUUAUUCAUCAAGCGGUGUACCACUACUAUCUGUUUUCCCUCGAAGGGCAUUAACUAUUGCAGCACCAGAUGAUACAAUAACACAUACAAGAGUUACUGUUUAUCUACAUUCUUUUAAUCCUGAAAAUAGUAAUCAUAAAAUUUCAUUUGAUUUUCAUAAAAGAAAUACAACAGAAGAAUUAAUAGAAAAAAUAAUUGAAUCUAAUCAAGAACUUCAUGGAACAAAUUCAGAAGAUUAUGAAAUUUAUGAAACAAUGGGAACAUUAGAUGGUAGAACAUUUAAAGAACGACGCCUUGAUAGAGGUGAAUAUCCAAUUGCUGUACAAAUGUUAUGGAGUUGUAAUAGUCAUAAUUCUAAUAAUGAAAAUGAUUCAACAAUUCCCAGAAAUCGUUUUGUUUUUCGUUCAAAAAGUUCACGACCAAAAAGAAAUGUAGUAAAUUUUGUAUCUGCUGAAAAUUGUUCCACAAUUGAUUCAUUUUUGGCAAAAUUUCUUGCUCAACCACAAGAUAGAGAGUAUGCUGAUUUAUGUAUGCUACCAGAAUUAACUGAACAAACAUUAUUAGAUAAUUUAAAAGAUAGAUUUAAUUCUGGUCAUAUAUAUACAUAUAUUGGACCAAUUUUAGUUGCUGUUAAUCCAUUUAGUUUUUUUCCUAUAUAUAAUCCAAAAUAUGCACGUUUAUAUUGUCAAUCACGACAUUUAGGAGCAUUACCACCACAUAUAUUUGCUAUUGCUGAUAUAACUUAUCAUAACAUGUUACGUGUUAAAGAAUCACAAUGUGUUGUUAUAAGUGGUGAGAGUGGUUCAGGAAAAACGGAAUCUACAAAUUUUUUAUUACAUCAUUUAACAACUCUUAGCCAAAAAGGUAGUACAACUGGUACUAGUAUUGAACAAACAUUAUUAUCUGCUGGACCUGUACUUGAAGCAUUUGGUAAUGCUGUUACUGUACAAAAUAAUAAUAGUUCUCGUUUUGGUAAAUUUAUUAAAGUUAAUUAUAGAGAAAAUGGUAUGAUAAGUGGUGCUAAUGUUGAAAUAUAUUUGUUAGAAAAAUCAAGAAUUAUAUCACAAGCAAUUGGUGAAAGAAAUUAUCAUGUAUUUUAUUAUUUAUUAGAUGGAACAACUGAUGAAGAAAAAAUAAAAUAUUAUCUUUUACCACCAACAAAUUAUUAUUAUCUUAAUCAAAAUAAUUUUUUUGAAUGUGAAGCAAUGAAUGGAAAAAAUGAAUUUUAUAGAUUAAAAAAAUCAAUGGAAGCUGUUGGAUUUAGUGUAGCACAACAACAAAAAAUAUGGAGUGUUUUAUCAAGUGUAUUAUUAUUAGGUAAUAUUAAAUUUAUUAAAAGAAGUAGUUAUCAUUCUGAUGAAAAUGCUUAUAUUGAGAAUGAGGAAGUUCUAUCAAUUAUUACACAAUUAUUAAAUUUAAAAGAUAAACAAUUAUUAGAGGCAUUGACAAUGAGAAGGACAAUGUUAAGAAAUGAAACAGUUAUUACACGAUAUAAUAUUGAGGAAGCAAUAAAUACUAGAGAUGCUAUGGCAAAAUGUUUAUAUAAUGCUUUAUUUCAUUGGAUUGUUUUACGUAUGAAUCAAGCUUUAUUAAAAAAAGAAGCUACUUUAGGAAAAAAAGGUUUUUAUAUAGGUAUUUUAGAUAUUUUUGGUUUUGAAGAUAUUGGUGGACAAUUAAAUUCUUUUGAACAAUUAUGUAUUAAUUAUGCUAAUGAACACCUUCAAGCAUAUUUUAAUCAACAUAUUUUUCAAUUUGAACAAGAAGAAUAUUUAAAAGAAGGUAUUACUUGGACAAAUAUUGAAUAUACUGAUAAUACAGAAUGUGUACAUCUUUUUCAAUCAAAACCAUAUGGUAUUUUAAGAUUAAUUGAUGAAGAAAGUAAUAUAAAUAAUGGUACUAAUGCUUCAAUGUUAGAAAAAUUAAAUACAUUUUUAAAAAAUAAUGAGUAUUAUGAAAUUCCACAUAAAAAAGAGGAUGCAUUUAUUGUGGCACAUUAUGCUGGAAAAGUAAAAUACCAAAUAACGGGUUUUAGAGAAAAAAAUAAAGAUCUCAUGCGCCUUUAUGUGGUUAUGGUAUUUAAAAAUUCUAAAAGUUCAUUUGUUAGAGAAUUACUUGGAGAUGAUCCUGUAGCUAUUUAUAGAUGGAGUCUUGUAAAAAAUACUUUUAGAGCUAUUAAUGCAUUUAAACAAUCAUUAAAAUUACCAAAACGUGCUGAAUCUGUUGAUCAUUUAGUAUUACCUGAAAAUGAACAAAAAAAAGAAUAUUUACGUAGAAGUAGUGAUUCAACAUUAAGUCAAUUUUUAAGAGGUGAUUUACCAUCUGGAAUUGUUCCUGAUUUUUGUGAUACAUCUGUCUUCAAAACAAUUGUUAAUAAAGCUAGAAAACAAUGUGCAAAACCAAAAGUAGAAAGAUUAUCAAAUUUAAAAAGUUUACAAGCUGUAAAAGAAAUAUAUGGAAGAAAACCAAUAUCAAAUAAACCAAGUAGUGUUAGUAAACAAUUUGAAUAUUCAUUAAAUAGAUUAAUGAAAACUUUAGCUAAAGCAACACCAUAUUUUAUUAGAUGUAUAAAAAGUAAUAAUGAAAAGAUUCCUAAUUAUUUUGAUGAUAAUAUUAUAUUAAGACAAUUAAGAUAUACUGGAAUGCUUGAAACUGUUAGAAUUCGAAGAGCUGGAUAUUCUGUUAGAAUUGAAUAUGAAGCAUUUAUAAAUCAAUAUAGAAUACUUUUACCAAAAGGUUUAAAUACUAAUAAAAAAGAAAUAAUAGAAUUUUUAUCAAAUCAUUCAUCUAUUGAUGGAAGUAUGAUACAAUUUGGUCAUACAAAAAUAUUUAUGAGAGAUGCUGAAAAAUUACUUCUUGAUGAUCAUCUUCAUAGAACUAUAAUGUCACAUAUUGUUACUCUUCAACGAUGGUUUAGAGCAUGUAGUGAAAGAAAACGUUUUCUUAAAAUGAGAAAUGAAAUAGUUGCUUUUCAGGCAGCUUGUAGAGCAGCAUUAACUAAAAAAAAAUUAAAUAAAAAAAUUCAUGCAGCUAUUGUUAUACAAAGUCAUUGGAAAGGAUACCUAGAACAUAAAAAAUAUCUUCAAAUAAGAAAAACUGUUAUUGAAUUACAAAGUAUUGCAAGAAAAAAAGCUGCUGAUAGAGAUAGACCAAAAAUUAGUAAUAAAGAAAAAAAGAAACGAAAAACUACUGGUAGUACAAGUACAGCAAAUAAAUUUGAAAUUGGUACUGUUAUUAAAAAAAUUGAUUUACCAACAUUUGAUUUAAAUGAUCCUUCAAGUUUAUCACAAUUUGCUGAUCAAAAUAGUUCUUCAGAUAGUAUUACUAAUGAUUCUGAUGUAUUUAGUAGUACAGAAGAAGAUAUAUCUGAAGUUGAGAUUGAUGAUGAUGAAGCUGUUUCAGCAACAUUUUCAAUUUGUAAUGAUGGUGAUGAUAUAAUAUUAGAAGAAAAAAUUGAUAAAGAUGAUAUUGAUUUAGAAUGUACAUUUGUUUUAGAAGAUACAAAAUUAAAAUUAAUUGAAGAAGAUCCAAAUGAAACAGCACAUUUUAUUAGAAGACAAAGUAUUGCUACAACAAGUAGUACAGCAAAAUUAAAAACAUUAAGAAGAGCUGCUAGUACUGAGAGUGAUCAAAUAGCAAGAAUGGAAAGUGUUAAAACAAAACAUGAUAUUCCAGUAAAAGAUAAAGUAAAAUCAAGAAAAAUGAAUUUUAUUAGAGCUAAAAAACAUUUAAAAGCUUUAUUAACAAGAAAAACAACUGAUUUACCAAUAACAUUAAGUGAUGAUGAAAGUUGUGAUGUAGAUUCAUCUUUAAAUAAUACACUUGAACAUAAUAAAGGAGUUAGUAUUCAACAAAAACAUAGUUUUAAAAUGUCAAGACUUCAUAUUUCAGAAAAUUGUUCAUAUUGUCAUAAAGCAAUGUCAGGAUUAUUAGUUCAAGCAUGUAAAUGUUCACAUUGUAAAUUAUCUUUUCAUAAAGAUUGUGCACAAUAUGCUAAUAAAAUGGUAUGUCUUUCAAAUAAAGUAAAUGAACAAUUAAUGAUAAAAAGUAAUAAACAUGAUGAACAUCAUAAAAGUCCAAGAGGAUCUUUAUCACCAUUAUCACCUAUUGUUGUAUCUCCUUCAAAUAAUCAAGGAACAUUUAAUUUAACUAAAACAAAACAACAAACAGAUCCUAGUCAUUUAAUUAUUCAAUCACUUGAAGAUUUAAGACUUUUUUCUGUAUUUAUUUUUAAAAAACAAUAUCGUUUAGAUCAACAUAAAAAACGUGAUACAGUUAUUGAUGCUAUUUUUAAACAAAGUUUAAGAGAAUUUCAUAUGGAAUUAAUUGGUUAUGAAGCAGUCCUCCAAGAAGAUGGAAAUGUUUUAAAAUAUCAUAAUAUGAUAACAACAUUUGAUGGAUUAUUAACUAAAGUAUCUAAUAGAGAAGGUGUUUCUUUUCCAACUACUUUAGGUGUUAAUGCUUUUAGAGGAUUUUUAAAUGAAUUUAUUCAAGAACAAGAUAAAAGAAAAAGUGUUAAUAAAAAAUCUGGAAUAAUUAAAAGUGUUAGAAAAAAAAGAAGAAAAAGUGAUAUUACAAUUCAUAAUGGGCAUCGUUUUAGAUUAGAACUUGUUCAUGUUCCAACUUAUUGUGAAAUUUGUAAUCAAUUUAUGUGGCAUUCUGAAAAAGUAUUUAUAUGUGAUUUAUGUCGCCUGUCAUGUCAUAAGAAAUGCCAUGUUAAAGUUGUAAAUAUGUGUUCAAAAUUUAAUAAAAAUGGAACAUUAGGUCAUCAUUUCUUUGGAACAUCAUUAAGUUAUUUAAUGGAUGAUAGUGAAACAAUUCCUACUGUUUUAAAUUCAUUGUUAAUGAAUAUUGAAGUUAGAGCAUUAUUUGUUGAAGGAUUAUAUAGAAAAACAGGUAGCUUAGCAACUGUAAGAGCAACAAGAAAACAAAUUGAAACUUGUGAAGAUUACGAUACAUUAAAUUUUGAUGAAGUUCCAGUUCAUGUUGUCACAACACUUAUAAAAGCUUUUUUUAGAGAACUUGUAGAACCACUUAUAACAUUUGAACUUUAUGAAAAUUUUAUCAAUGUCUCUGAAGUUGAGGAUAAUAUAGAACGUGUACGAUGUUUAAGUGUAAUGACAGAUUUGUUACCAAAAUGUAAUAAGUGUGUUCUCGAUCGUUUAAUGUACCAUCUUGCAAGAGUUGCAUAUCAAGAAACAGUAAAUAAAAUGUCAGCAUCAAAUCUUGCUUUAAUAUUUGCUCCAUGUAUUUUAAGAAGACAACAAACUGUACAUGCACAGGAACAAUUACAAGAUGUUCAUAAACAGGCCACUUGUGUUCAAACAUUAAUUGAAGAAAAAUUAAAACAAUAUAAGGCAACAUUAACACAAAUUGUAGAAAUUGAACAAGCAACUGAGAAAGUAUCUGAAAAUUUAAGAAAAAUUGAUGAACAUCGUCGAUUAUCUGAAUGUGUUGUAAGUAGUACAAUGUCAACAAUAAAAGAAGAAUCUUGUUCUGAUCUUGCAAAAUCUGAACCUGUUUUAAAAACAUCUAAUUCAACAAAUAUGGAAGCAGCCCGACAAUUAUUUGUUGAACAGUUAUCCUUUUUGGAUAAAGAAAAAGAAAAAUUAAUUUCUGAACUACCACCAAUGGCACCUGUAGCUAGUAGUGAAGAUCUUAGUUCAGCUGAAGAACAUUCACCAAGUCCACAAGAAUUAUCCAGAGAAGAAUAUGCCAUUGAUUUUGAUAAUCCACCAGUAUAUUCUAUAUUAAAAAGUUCUAUUAAAAAUAGACCUAAAAGAACAGGAAUUAGAUUACCAAAAAAAUAUAAAGAUAUGGUUGAAGAGUAUCGUAAAAAAGAACUAGAAAAUAAACUAAAAAAUAAUAUCGUAAAUGAAAAAAUGGUGAAUGAAAUAAAAAAAAGUCCGGUGAUAUUCUUUUAA